CAUCCCACGGGAGACUGCUUGUGUAUGAGGAUGUAUUUUGGGGGCUAUGUAUGCGCUUGUGAGCGUGUACGCCUUCUGCCUGUCUGCAAAAAUUGUUUUCUUGGUGCCGCCUGACUGUCCCGGGGCCCCCAGGGGAAGUCCUGCCCACAGACAGGCAGCUCGGCCCGGGUGGGGACAAGCCGGGUCCUGCCGAGCUUCUGAAGUCUGCUGGCUGACUUUGAAGUGCAGCUGCUGAAGUUCCUUUCCAUGGUACAUCAUACUGAAAUCUAGGCUUGCCUUGCACAUAGCCAAUACACUUCAUGCAUCUGUGACCAGAGGCGUUGCUGCCUGGGAUUGUACCUCGAACCGCCAAAGUGGGAGUCGAAUGUGACCUCAUCAGAAACGCCACUAGCAGUGGGAGCAACCAUGCCACAGAGGAGAGGAACAACAAAAUCCAUCUUCCUGUCUUCAAUUUUAGUGUGUUGUAUGCUUGCAAGUGCAGAGUAUUCCAGAUGUGGAGAGUACGAGUUCUUAAACCAGACCAGUAAUAGCUGUCAGGCAUGCCCUCAGUGCCAACCAGGACAGGAGCCACACAUGACCUGUGGCUACGGUGUGAAGGAUGAUGACUUCUCCUGUGUACCAUGUCCACAUGGGAAGUACUCCAAAGGCAAAUACGAGAUCUGCAGACGACACAAAGACUGUGACGCUCUCUACAAAGCCACAGUGCGUGCUGUGGGAACGCCAGACAGCGAUGCAGAGUGCGGACCUUGUUUACCAGGGCAUUACAUGCUGGAGAACAGACCGAGAAACCUCUAUGGGAUGGUUUGUCACUCCUGCCAGAAUGCACCACCCAACACCAAAGAAUGUAUGCAGACUAUUCAACUACAAAAACUACAGGUCGAUCCUGGGAGCACGACCGUGUUCCCUCAUCUCCAAAAAGAUCCAACAGGACAGAGUCACUUAGCUACAGCUCUCAUUAUCGCCAUGUCGACCAUCUUUGUCAUGGCUAUUGCAAUUGUUCUCAUCAUUAUGUUUUACAUCCUGAAGGCCAAGUCAAGCGGGCAGGCAUGUUGUAGUGGGCAAGUAAAAUCAGUUGAAGCUCAGAGCAGCAAACAAGAAGACAAGAAAGACAUCCCUGAUAAGGUGGUGAUCUACUCAGAAAAAGGCGAGUUUGACAAACUUCAGGCCUCGCCUCAGAUGCCAGUUAAAAGUGAAAACGAUGGGUCGUCAGAAAAUGAGCAGUUGCUGAGCCGCAGCAUCGAUAGCGACGAGGAGGCGUCAUUGGAGAAGCAAGGCUCCGCCGAGACAAACAAUCUGACCCUCAAUUCGGGCCUCAUUAAUUUGGGGAACAAGCCAGACCUCUGCCUGCUCACUGUGGGAGUCCUGGACACCGAUGCCGCUUCCAACGGGACCGCCAACCUUGCCGCUAGCCCCAAGAGCAACCUCCCCAGUCCUGGCCACAUGGGCAGUGUCAACCACAUCCCCAGCACUAACCACAUCAGCAACGUGACCACAAUCAACAAUAGCAAUAAAAACCCAGGGAUGUUACAGAGUCGCAGGAAAAAGAUCCUGGAUCUUUAUGCUAAAGUGUGCAAUGUAACAGACGGCCUGAGCCCCACGGAACUUCCCUUCGACUGCCUGGAGAAAGCCAGCCGCAUGCUGAGCUCCUCCUACAGCAGCGAGGCCGCCGUGGUCAAGACAUGGAGGCACCUGGCCGAGAGCUUUGGCUUGAAGCGCGAUGAGAUCGGUGGCAUGAGUGAUGGCUUGCAACUGUUUGAGAGAGUGAGCACCGCAGGAUAUAGUAUCCCUGACCUGCUCACCCGCCUGGUGCAGAUCGAGAGGCUGGACGCUGUCGAGUCCCUGUGCUCGGAUGUUCUCGGAGGCAAUGACAUGGCCAGUGCGGCUGGCCGACAGGGCAUCAACAGUUUCCAUAGCCAACUGGUUUGCUCGUCACCUUGCCAGCCGCCCUCGCAACGCUGCGCUAGUGUCUGAAAACUUGAUGCACAAACUCUUAAAGUUGAAAUCUGGCUUAAUGCAAGAUGCCUACAGUGACUAAACUGUACCCACCUCAUCACAUGAAGAACGUUGGUGGACCACAGUGGAUAAGUCCAGAAGCUGCACAUUAAAAAUAGUAAUUAAUAUGGGCUACAGAAUAUCAGAAAAAAAAGAUUUAUUUUUUUUUUUAAUUGCUUGUAGGCUCCUGUUCAGAUGGUUUUGCAUCUGUCAGAAUAUGAACUUUAUGUGGAAAAAAAGUGGAGCCUUUCCACAAAAUCAUUAAUUAAUCAGGACAAAGCUAUGUUUUCUCUGAAUUUAAAAAUGUUUUACAUUUUCUAUAGAUGUAUGCUUCCAAUUUCCGAGAAAAGCUUUGUAGAAGGAAAACCUGAAGAGUUAUGAUUCUUCAGCCCAACACGUUUGAAGCGAACUCGAAAAGAUAUUGUGAGCAAGGACCUCUGUCAGGUUCAACAUCAGUGACUCCUGACUUCACAAAGGUUCUGCAGAGCAAUUUGGUGAAAAUCCGAAUGAGUGGAAGCUGUUGUAUCUCAAAAAGCCGCCCAUACAAUGUAAUCUGUAUUCCUCCCAAUUAAUUUUGCUGUCAAAGUUACUAGUAUGUAGUAGGAGGAGAGUAAGCUAUAUAUAGAUGUGGAAAACGUACAAUAAGCACUCAAAUGUAGCUUUUUGUACGGGAAGGCUUCACCAACUCAUAUGUACAUGUUGGUACACUUGCACAUGUAGUCAGAUUUACAGACACUUCGCACACAUCCCUUUACAGCACCACACACACUGUCACACACACAGCAAGCAACAGUCUUACACCAAGGACUUCCUCUUCAGCAAUCUUGCAUCUGACCCCAACGCAACCUCCACACCUCUCCUAACCUCUCCUUCCCUUUUUCCCUCAACACUGCUGGCAGAUUUAACUACUGGGUGUGUAACUCCCCAGGGUCCCUAAUAGUUUAAAGUGUUGUGGUUUAUAUAAUGGGUGCAAAGUGCCUGUGAUUUCCACCACCCAAUCAAGCAUUUAGGACCAUUUAACCAAUAAAAGUCCAGUGGAAAACUUGUAAAAAUGUGGAGCCACAGCAGGGGCAUAACUAACUGCUGCCAGAAGCUGUUUACAAGAGAUUGUUUAAAAAAAAAAAAAAAAUGGAAGCAGUGUUAUUUUGGCAGCUUUUUUGGACAACAUUGGUGGGUUCUGUAAAAGUGGCCAAAGAAUAGUGCAAGAAAACAGCACAAGUGUUACACAAUGGCUUUGUUGUUUUUAACAGACUCAGGUUUUCUGGUUUGCUCAAUCCAGCUGACACGGACAAAUGUGGGUGGAAUUGAAUACUACAACUGCAAGAACAUAACUGGAAAGACAAUGUUUGAUUUGAUAACUUUAUCGUCAGAAUCAUAUCAGUGAAUCAGAAGCAAAAGUUUAAGACUCCACUCUGUAACACUUUUUUAUUUUAUAUUUUAUUUUGCAAUAGCUGGGCCUGGACUCUGUCAUUCCAGCAUGAAUUCAUAUAUUUUUACUGCUAUAAAUAAAAAGCUCAGACUAUUGAA